AGACAAUAUAAACCGAACAAUUUAUAUUGUCGUUCUUACCUUGGAAAACGAUAAAUAGGUGUGACUUUUAAUAUUUGUUUCGUCAUAAUUAAAUUAAUGUAAUGCAAAAUAAAAUGUCAUUAUUAAAUUUUGCUUUUGCUUGAUUUCUGCCUGGUUGAGAAAAGAUUUUUAUCGGCUUACUAACUGUUUUUCGUAAAAAAUUUGGUCAUAGAAAGAUUAUUACACAAUAACAGAAAACACUCUUUGUGUUUUACUCAAAAUCGUCGCAUUAAAGUUAAUAAAUUCAUCACAACUCCAAAGGAAUGAUAUGAGAAGAUGAUUGAUUCAACAUAAACACAACAAGGACUGCAAUACAAGGCAAAUCAUCAAAAUGAUGACAUCAGAAGAAUCAGACUCCCAGAGCACCAUUAUAUCGGAGACCCACAAUGAGGAUGUCUCAGUAUCGGGCACUGAAGACGCACCGUCGUCCAUGGUGUCCGAAAGCGAAGCGGAGUCUGAAGGCAGCGUGCUGUCAGAGGCGCGGCACGAAGCUGAGCCGUUUACGUUCUUCAGUGACGCCAGCAAUGAGCUGGUCGGCUCGGUACACGAGAAGCCGACACAGCCAGUCACUGAUUUUAGAUCUGUAUCCAACUCCGUCGGUGUCGCUGCUUACGUAGCUUCAAGAGGCUCUAUGUUGCCGUGGGGAGGACAUAAGGGGCCAGUGCCGCCCGCUGACUCCGACCUCCGCCCUGGCGAAUUUGUUAUGAGGCUGCUCUUCACAGAGUUUACAGUACAAGCUGAAAGGAAGAUGGAAGCUGUUAUGGCUGAACCUCUGGAAAAGCCGCUAGCCAAAACUCUGCAACGCGGUGAAGAUCCACAACUAGACCAGAUACUGCUGGCGUUUGGCACAGUCGCUGAACAUUGUCUGCCUUCCUUACUGCGCGCACUUUUUGGGUGGCUAGAGAGGCAGAUGGCUGAUUCACCUCAACUCAGUGAGCAAGCGAAGAAACCCCACCAAGACCUUAGAAAUAAAAGUAUUAUUUACAUAGUGUCGGGCAGCGGCGCCGGCACGGAGACCGUGGAACGAAGCAGUGAGGAGCUGCAAGCGGAACGACGGGACCUGGCUGUGGAGUUCCUGUUCUGUCUCGCGCUCAUUGAAGUACUAAAACAACUGCCGUUCCACCCCGGACACGAAGAUCUCGUUCAAUAUAUUGAGAACGUGGCCUUCAAACGAUUCAACUACAAAGAAGGGCUGCAGUCAAACCCGAACGCAGCUAACGUCCACUUGAUAGCAGACCUGUACGCGGAGGUGGUAGCGGUGCUAGCGCAGUCCCGCUUCGCAUCUGUCAAGAAGCGCUUCACAGCUGAACUAAAAGAACUGAAAAGCCGUGAACCAUCGCCGCAUACGACGCAAAGCAUCAUCUCGUUGCUGAUGGGUAUGAAGUUCUUUCGCGUCAAGAUGGUGCCCAUCGAGGAGUUCGAAGCCUCGUUCCAGUUCCUGCAGGAGUGCGCACACUACUUCCUGGAGGUCAAAGACAAAGAUAUACGACACGCACUGGCUGGACUCUUCGUCGAGAUUCUAGUACCGGUGGCCGCAACCGUCAAGAACGAAGUAAAUGUUCCCUGCCUGAAGAACUUUGUGGAAAUGCUGUACAGCCACACCUUGGAUACUAGCACUAAGUCCAAACACCGGCUGGCUCUGUUCCCUCUCGUCACCUGCCUCCUGUGUGUGUCGCAAAAACAGUUCUUCCUUGCCAACUGGCAUUGCUUCCUGGCCAUGUGCCUGUCACACCUGAAGAACAGAGACCCCAAGAUGUGUAGAGUAGCUUUAGAGUCCUUGUACCGGUUGCUGUGGGUUUACAUGAUACGCAUCAAGUGCGAGAGUAACUCAGCUACGCAGUCGAGGCUGCAGAGUAUCGUCAACUCACUAUUCCCCAAAGGCUCUAAGGGUGUGGUACCCCGCGACAUGCCGCUCAAUAUAUUUGUUAAGAUAAUCCAGUUUAUUGCACAAGAGCGGCUUGAUUUUGCUAUGCGAGAGAUUGUUUUCGAUCUCCUGAUGGUCGGAAGGCCGAUUAAAAUUAUACUGACCCCAGAGAGAAUGUCUAUUGGUCUCAGGGCAUUCUUAGUAGUGGCGGACAGUUUGCAGCAGAAAGAAGGAGAGCCUCCGAUGCCUCGGACUUCUGGGACGCUGCCCUCGGGGAACACUCUACGUGUAAAGAAAACUUUCUUGAAUAAAAUGCUGACUGACGAGACGGCACGCUCCAUUGGUAUGAGUCCCUACUUCCCUUACGUGAGGCGGGUACUGGUCGAAAUAUUGCGGGCACUCGAUGCACACUACGGCAGACCUCUUAUGCUCACGAAUACACAGAAUGUGACUAAAGAACAAGAGAUUAACACGGGAGAGAGGAAGCCGCGGAUUGAUCUCUUCCGGACAUGCGUUGCAGCCAUACCAAGACUGAUUCCCGAAGGUAUGAGCUCAAGUGAGUUAGUGGAUUUGUUGAGCCGGCUGACGGUACAUAUGGAUGAAGAGCUACGGGGGCUCUCCUUUCAAAGUCUGCAGACUCUUAUUGUAGACUUCCCUGAGUGGCGCCAGGAUGUUCUCGCUGGGUUCACUCAGUUCCUAGCCAAAGAAGUUCAGGACACGUCUCCGCAACUAGUAGAGAACGGGCUCCGUAUGCUACUGCAGCUACUGACAAGCUGGAAGAAUGGUGAGCCGACAGCCGGCAGCGUGCCCACUAAGCAGGAGCCCCUUGCGUCUGUGAUCCGCGGGGCGGAAGCGCUAGGGCUGGUAAUGCUGUGCCAGUGUAAAGCGUACCCACGCCGCCUUGCCGUGCAUGUGCUCAGGGAGGCUAAAUACUUGUUGGAGAAGCUGCAACUGACCCGCGAUGAGCCGGCUCUCAUAGAUGCCGCGGACGCGCACACAGCGCUCCUCGCCGAGAAAUGUCUACCGCUUCUCCCACAGGCGGAGAAGACAGCCAUCGCACUGGCUGGUCAGGUCGACCUCAUCUGGCUUGCAGAAAGGACCCAUGCAGUUUGGACGUCUGGCAUUCAACACGACGAGACUUCCAGCAAGAAUAGUUGGAGUGGCAGCGCAUCCAAUGGCGCCGACCCUUGGGAGGUGGUGCUGUUUGGGUUACUGACGCGUAGCCGCGUGCCUGCGCGCUGCCCAUCCACCAUCUUACAAGCCUGGCCAAUACUUCACGCCAGGAUUCACGCACUCUUCACUAUCAUCGAGCCAGCGCCAGUGAAUGACAAUAGAGCUUCUCUCUUGUCCCGAGGACCUGCUCUGCCGAGGAAGCCUGAGAAAGAACGCGACGGCUACAUGCAAGUAUGGAAGUACUACAUGACGAUGGCGUACCUGGUGGUGCCGGCGGUGCCGAGCCCCGUCAUCCGCUGCGCCAGCCCGGACCUCAGCCUCAGCACUGAGGCGGAGGGCUGGGCCGGCCUGGCCGCGCUGAGCUCGUCCAGCGAGAGCCUCAACGCGCCCGGCGGCUUCUUCACGCUGCCCUUGAGCUAUGCGCGAGCGCACAGACAACACAAACGAACGAGCUCGUCGCCCGACUCGCUGAGCGAGCGCAGCGGAGGCGAGGGUCGCGGUUCCCAGGCGGCGCCGGGCUCUCUACACAAGCUGGCGGUGCCGCUGGCGCGUUGCGAGGUCCCCGAGGUGCGAGACGCCGCUGUGGCCGCCUGCGGGAACAUCAACCCAGACGCACUCAAAGAUCUGAUGGAGGAGCUCCUCCCACUCCUCCGGGAAGCAGUUGACCGUAAACAAGAGAACAUGCGCCGGCGCCGACGACGGGAUGCACUCCGUCUACAUCUGAACAAAAUGUUGUUGCUCAUUGCUCAAAAGAAAACAUUUGCAAAUAGCGCGUUUGCCUUGGAAGGCGGCAGCUUGCACCCGACGCUGACAGAAUACCUGGACGGCGUGCGGCAGUGCCUCGAAGUGGAUGCCGAAAAGGACGCGCCUGCCGCCCGCGAGCAACGCAUCACCUUCGCCGAUUUCGUCACUGAGCUCAUUAAGAGCUUCCCACUGGAGAUGUAUGGGUCGCUGAUGAAGAAGGAGCUGCAGCGCAAUCUGUUCGCCCUGUUCGCGGGGUGGUGCGGCCCGCUCGCCCGUCACCUUGGCAGUCUAGUACCGCAGCCCGCGCAGCUCGAGAACGAUGAUAGACUCAACCUCUCCGCCCUAAAGGCUAUGAGUGCCGUUGUAUGCUGUGGCCGGUGUUUCGACCCGACGGCUCUGGCGGAAGACGGUUCCCUCUAUCCUUGGCUCAGAGAGAUGCUGUCCUCACCUAACGAUAAGAUAUAUGAGCUGGCUCGCGAAACAAUAGUACUGCUACUUGACUGCAACCCCGAUAUUGGGCCAUUGCUAGACUGGACCGUGGACGCUUGUUUCACCGGGUCUACGCGCGUUGCCGACGGCUGCUUCAUGGCACUCGCGACUCUAUUCAGCGCACGGGAGUAUCCGUGCGACCACUACACGGCCAUCAUCAAUGUGACGCUAAUGUGCACGGGUUGCCCGCGGGCGCCGGUGCAUGAGAGCGCCCUGCAGUUGCUGCAACUACUUGACAAGCGAUUCUUCGGCACCGUGGGGCCUCUUCCCUCUGACGACGACUCUGCAUCAGACAAAGGCCGCGGCACGCUCGACGUGUUGCUGUGCACCACCUACUGCCGCUCCCAGCUGUAUCUGUCCCGACAACUCUCGCAACUACACCCGGAACUCACGAUGCCAAUGUUCUCAGAGAUCACGGCACGGUUCCAGACGGCGCGCACCGAGGUGCGACAACUGUUGCUGCAGUACUUGCUGCCGUGGCUGGUCAAUAUCGAACUGGUCGACCCGAACGUGCCGCCCGCCAACCCGCUCUCCUACAUACAAUACUACGCUUCAGAAGCAGGCCGGAGCGGUAGGCGCGAGGGACUUGGCUCGGCUGAAGCCACUGAAAUGGUGCUAAACAAUCUCUUCUACAUCACUGCCAAGUUUUCUGACAACCACCCGAAAGAGAUUGAGGAACUAUGGUCGACGCUGUGCGCGUGCUGGCCCAACAACCUGAAGGUCAUCAUCCGGUACUUGAUCAUCGUGUCUGGCAUGGCACCCAACGAGCUGCUGCCCUAUGCGAAACGCGUGGUGCUGUACCUGGCGCGGUCGCGGCCCGAACGAUUGCUGGAUGAGAUGAUGACGGAGCUUCAGACGGUGGAAACCCUCAACUGCCUAAUAGAGCGCACGGAGACACCGCCGUUUUACCGGCUAACGUCUAUGCGCAAGGCCACCUCAGGCCACAGCGACGGACCAUGCACUGGUUCACAGGAUGCCGCCGGACGCACCGGGGAGUUGGCUCCCGUGGAAAAAGGCACCAUACACACAAAGAGACACAGUGGCGAGGACCCUGCUAAAGCCAGCGGUGCCAAGGCUCCGGAGACGCCCAGUGCCCGAGCACAAGACAAACGGGCAUCAGCGCCGGCCUGCUCCACUCCACCGGCGGACGAAGAGCCUCCACCGCCGUCUGAUGGGGAUGCCACUCCGACUGGCCUAUGCCCUGAGCCGGGUUUGAUGCCAGUACCGGGCAGUGCGCCGGCCACGCCGCAGGAGACGCGAAUGGACGUGCCACAGCCGCGACCUCUACCUAUGCCCGAGUACGGUGGUUUCUUCGCGCUACUCACAGAGUACCUGCCCGACACCACACAGCCCAUCUCCGGGUUCCAUAGGUGUAACGUGGCGGUCAUGCUGCUGUGCGACGUGGUGCUGGACGGUGUAGAGCUGGACUGGUCCAUCCAUGUACCGCUCAUGCUGCACAUUGUCUUCCUCGGCAUGGACCAUACCAGAUGGAUAGUGCACCAGCACUGCCGGCAGCUGCUGCUGAACCUGCUGGUGGCGGUGGCGGCGCACCACGACCACCUGACGGUCGCGCGCGUGCUGCUGGCCAGCCGCUCCCAGCAACUCGGCCUCGGCGUGCCGCAGCCCGCGCUUCCGCUCGUGCCACACAACUUCACCGAGCCAGACGCAGCCUUCGACAGCUACCCCCAGUGCGGCCACUCACCGCGAGCACACGCGCGCUCACUCAGCUCCGAUCCACAAGUCACACCCGAAGGUGAGUGUGACAACUAUCCGUCACUGCCUGUGAUAGUAACAGGUGAGGCCGAGCCGGAGCCGGCGGCCGCCGAGCCCGCGCCGGAGGCCGAGCCCACUGAGCUGCCGGUGGCUGACGUCAUCAAGUCCCUCGUCCACUUCCUCGCCAACCGGCCCACGCUGAUGCCGCUGUGGCAGUACGAAGACAUCACAGCUAAAGUGUGGACGCUACGCAGCUGCCAGCAGAUGUCGACGCUGCUGCGGCACGUGCUGCGCGUCUUCCGCGAGUCCCUGCCGCACGCGCUCAUCUCGGAGCGCUGGGCGCAGACCGCGCUGCAGCUGGGCCUGUCCUGCCCGUCCCGACACUACGCUGGCCGCUCGCUGCAGGUAUUCCGCUUUAUUGGCGUGGCCAUGACAGGGCGCAUGGUGUCCGACAUACUGUCUCGCCUCGUGGAGACUGUGGCGGAGCAAGGCGAGGACAUGCAGGGCUAUGUCACAGAGCUACUGCUCACCUUAGAAGCUGCCGUCGACUCGCUCGAGUCCAACUUCAGGCCGCUCGACUACAUGAGGGACAUUUUCAAAUCUACGCCGAACCUAAACAAUAAAGACGGAGGGCAACCUAACAACGGAAGUCCCUACACUGCUGGCAAGCGUUCUCCGGGGGUAUGUGUGGGCUGCGUGACGAACCACACACGUAGCACCAGCUACUCCGUCUCGUACUGCCUGCGCAAGAACAACGCGCCGCCGCCCAACGCCGACAAGCAAGCGCACGCGGAGCGUGCUCGUCCAUGCAGCGAGGCCGCUAAAGGCGUGUGUUCCAACUUAUGCCGGUCGCGUUCUGCACAGUCACUCAAACUACUCGGCGAUAGCGCCACACAGCUCCCCGGUGCGUUGUUGCAGGACGACAAGCUGACGAUCCUGGCGACGUUGUUCUGGGUGGGCGCGUCGUUGCUGGAGUCUGACUACGAGCACGAGUUCCUACUGGGAGUGCGUCUGCUGGCGCGCGUCAUGUCGCGCCUGCCGCUAGACCGGCCGGACGCGCGCGAGCGCCUCGACCGCACGCAGGCCCACGCCUCGCCCUCGCCCUCUCUGCACGCGCUACUCCUCAAGGGUUGCACGCACCCCAACACGUACGAGCCGGUAGUGGGCGUGCUUGUGGACAUGAUCCCACUGCUGGAGCUGCCGGUCAUUGACCCUACGCAAUCUCUGGCGUUCCCCAUGACAGUAGUGGCACUACUGCCCUACAUGUUGCUGCACUAUGAAGACGCCAAUGAGCUCUGCGUACGCGCAGCGUGUCACAUUGCACAGUUCACAGCGGAGAAGAGCAAAAAGUUGGAGAACCUGGGCACGGUGAUGACGCUAUACUCGCGGCGCACGUUCAGCAAGGAGAGCUUCCAGUGGACCAAAUGCGUGGUCAAGUAUCUGUGGGACACCUACUCGCACCUGUCACAGCAGAUGCUGGCCUUCCUCGUCGAGGUUCUCGAGAAGGGAUCGGCGAACCUACAGUUGCCGGUCCUAUCCAUCGUGCAUUGCAUGCUGUACUACGUGGACCUGAACGCGCCUGCCGCGCAACCCGUCAACACCGACCUGCUGCGAGCCGUCGCCAAGUUCAUCGACGUAACCGUACAAGACAGCAAUAACUAUAAAGAGGCUAUGAAAAUUCUGAAGCUGGUAGUGACGCGGUGUUCGACUCUUGUAGUGCCGCCAUACUGGGACAAUAACGCAUCGUCAAUCCUCGACACAGAGCUACACGGCAAGAAGGAAUUACCGGGCCGCACUAUGGACUUUACGUUCGACCUUUCACAAACUCCCGUGAUAGGUCGGAAGUAUUUACCUAAAGCGGGUAGUCAGCCGGCCACGGGCCCCAGCUCGCUGUCAAACGCAUCCACUGCCACGCCCGACAAGGGUUCGUCGACGUCCCAGUCGGGGUCCGCAUCGACGGUGGUGGGCCCGGAGCCCGGCGGCGGCAACAACAGUACACAGCCGCAGAGUGCAACUUCGCCGCGUCGCUCGCUCUCACUCUCACCCGCCGACGCAGUGGCCUCGGGCUGGAAGCGGCCCUGGAUGUCACAGGGUCGCGUUCGAGAAUGCCUAGUAAACCUGCUUACGACGUGUGGUCAGCGCGUCGGUCUCCCUAAAAGUCCUUCUGUGAUAUUUAGCCAAAGCUCGGAGCUACUGGAGCGAGAAUCUUCCAUGGCCUCAUCCCUGGAGGAGGUGUCGGGCACUCCAGGCAAUGAACCGUCUGGAGGGGCGCCCCCUACCGACCACUUUGGAGUGUUUAAGGAUUUCGACUUUCUGGAAUACGAGAGCGAGAGUAUCGAGGGCGAGAGCUCGGACAACUUCAACUGGGGCGUGCGGCGCCGGCUGCCCAGCGAGGAGCGCGACGAGGGCGCGGCCGUGGAGCGCAGCCCGCCGCUGCAGCUGGCGCGCCCGCCCGACGCGCACCCAGUCAUCAAGCCGAGCACGCAUGAGGACUCUUCCGACGAGGAGGGAGGCUGGGAUGACGGCGCGAUUGGCUCACGCGGUGAAGGGGACGCGGGAGUUUCGCAUGAACUAGUACUGCGCCCGCGCACUCACUCUUUCUCAAGUGCAUCGAGCGGAGAACACGAUGGGGACCGCGGCGACGUGACGCCGGUGCCGAGCGCGGCGUGCGCGGCUGGGCGUGACGCGUGGCGUGCCUCCGUCGCCGCACUAUUACGCCACGCCGCCGCGCUGCCGCCGCUAGCGCUCGUACACCGCCUACAUACCGUGCUCAAGGAAGUGACGUCGAAGACGGUGUCGCUGUGUGCGGAGAGCACGACGGGCGGCGCGGCGGGCGUGGCGGGCGUGGCGGGCGAGCUGGCCGGCGUGCUGGCGGGCGUGCUGGAGCGCGCGGGCGCCGAGGAGCCGCCGCUGCUGUGGGCCGGGCCGGCCGCCGCGGACUGCGCGCGCGUGCGCGACGCCGUGCGCUACGCCGCGCUCGAGAUGCAUGAACACCUCGACACCUACUUCGACCGCCGGGAGCACGCGCUCGAGGUCCUGGAACUGGCGCGCAGCUCGCCGGAGGAGGUGGCGCGCUCGCUGUACCGUCUGAUCUUCCAGCUGUUACUAUUGCUGGAGACCAACAACAAGAUGAUCGUGGCGGUAUACACGGCGGCUCUGGAGAACAAGGGUGUGGAGAUGAGCGGCGCGGUGUGUGCGGUGCGCAACCAGGUGAUGGCGAGCGCGGCAGACUCGUGGGUCGAGCACUCGCCCGCGCCGCACGACGACGCUCGCCUGCUACACCUUAUACAGAGGCAGAAGUGGGGUGCAGCACUAGCGCUAGUGCGCGAGCGCAAUGCAGAGCGUAUCCUCGAGAGAGGGGAACUUCCUGAGGAUGACGUCACAGCUCUACUUCACGUUUAUUGCCGAGGCCUGGCCCAGGCGCAUCCAGAUAUGGUGGCGAUCACGCGACCUGUGCACGAGCUGUCGCAGAACCUGUCCUUCAUGAUGGAGAGCCUCUACAAAGUGUCGGUGGCGCUGCAGCGACAGGAGUACGGCUGAGCACUCUCUCCUACCCACUACUAUACGCUUUCGUCGUCGGCCUUAUAUUGCUAUAAUUAACUACAAGUAUCGAAACAUUCACAAUAAUAAUAGACAUCUAGCGAAUGUUUCGUCAUCUUCAUUCAAGCACAGACUUAUAGAUAUACUUAAAUAAUAAGAACAUAUUUGUAACAUGUAUCAAAGUAUAUGUAAUGGAACAAAAUGCAUCACGGCCAGAUUAAUGUUUAAUUAUCCAUGUACAUUGUAUUUAUUAAUCCUCUGUCUGUUUUAAGCGAAUUCAUUAAAUGACGAGCACGCUUAUAUUGUAACUUUCUUUUGUGGUGCCACUUGUCCAGGACUUAGUGCGCUAGCAACUAGACAGCGCUGUCUCGUACCGCCGCAGCGCUCGACAGAAAUUACCGUAAGUUCGAGUUACUUUGACCCUGGGAGGUAACUUUGAUCCAAAUUUUCUAACCAAUGAAAAACGAAUAUAUGUUUGGUUCUCAGUUAUUAUUGGUUAAAGGGUUUGGAUCAAAGUAACCCGAACUUACCCGGUAUCCACAUAGCUAACUUCACAUAAUCUACUUCAAAAUUAAUGCGCUUCUAACUGUGUUUUAUUUCACGAAUCUCCAUUUACGAGUUGCAUCGAUAAAUAUGUAUAUCGAGGAACAGCCACUUUAGGUGAUAUUAGGUCGGUGAACAAAAAUUAGAGACAUGUGAUCAAUUUUUAUGUCUUUAGUUAGAUUUACGAAUUUAAGAUCGAGACAAGGUGAGGCCAAGCAGCGCCUUGUUAGUAGGUAAUCGCAGGUUAACCCACGACCACAGAGAGCUUAUUAUUAUUGUAUUCGCUGUUUAGCUUAUUAUACGUAGGAAUAAUUUUCAUAUCAUAUAAAGUUACGUCAAAAUUCCGACGGCGAAGCGGAUUUGAAAUAAACCACACUAAUAGUUUAUAAAGUCGGUAUACUAAUAAUGAACGUACUAUGUUUUCAAGAUAACUGAUCUCAAAUAGAUUAAUAUUGUAGGUACACGUAGCGCAUCACUUAGUUUCGUGUUGUUCCUAACAACUGCAUAUUUGUAUUAUUAUUCUUGAAUCAUGUUUUGUGAUAUUUUUGCUUUUAUAAUAAUAUGACAAUCCCAUAUGACGGGAGUCUUGUGAAAACAGAUAUAUCUGGAUUUAGCUCAUGAGAUUGUUGACAUGUGGGAUGCAAACUCAACAGUCAUUGUUGCGAUGAUGACCGUCAAUGGGCCAACCACCUCCUGUGGAGACCAACAUUAUAUGCUUUGUCAAGGACCUGCCCUGAUGUAGACAGCAGUAGCCCACACUGUGGCUUGGAUUCCUCCUGUUAUCAAGGGCAUACUGUUUUUUUACGUUUUUAAAUGUUAUUUUAUAUUUAAAAAUGUAAAAAAUAAUCACGUUCAAAAAUAAAUAAAGCUAAAAUUAAUGACAAUAUUUAUUUCUUAGUUUUUAUAUUGUAGCUAUGGCCGACUUUGUUUGUGUUAGAUUUUGAAAAAUGAUAAAUAGGACUGCGUUAUUUUUUCGUAUAUAUUAUUUUAUUAUAGUUUGUUUUUGACGAGAUUUUGAUGAAUUUUACCCAAAUGAUUGAAAUCAAACAGUCCGUAAAUUUAUCUAACAUAAACAGGGUCUGAAUAAAUUGUAAUAUUAUGUACUAAUAAUGUUCGUAACCAUUGUAAAAUGUAUUGAAUUGAAAUAAAUGAAUAUAAACUAAAUCAUAAUUUUAAUAUUGACUAAUUAAACAGUUUCACCUUUAUUAUAUUUUCCUGUCUGUCUGGUAACUAUCAUAAUGGUACAGGUCUAAACAGAGCGGCUUUAUUGUGACUUUAUUAAAACACUCAUAUUACUUACUAAUAUAAUAUCGUAACAUUUAGUAACGUAGAUAACAGGACACAGCAGCCGCGUCAGCAGGCGGAGCUAGCCAGAGCAGUACAGUAAUCGAAGGUUGGGCCAAAAUAAGUAUAAAACAAAUUUAUAAAACAAGCAACUCACAUUGCUUUCCAAAACAUUUGUGAAUAUAUGUACAUAUUACAAUACAAAUCACCGAUACACGUGUGAAUUAUUUUAUUACUAUCCUCGAUCGUCUCAUUAUCUUCU